AUGAAUCAACAUAAAAAUAGUAAUGCAUCUAAAAUAUUAUAUCCUGCUAUAUAUACAUUAAAUACUAAAAAAUCAUAUGAAGAAUCAAAUACAUUUAAUGUUUUAAAUGCUUCAAUGAAAAAAUAUUUGGACAAAAAUAAAAAUCAUACAAUAAAUGAAAAAGAAGGAAAUGAUAAUAUAUUUCAUUUUAAUGUAGAUAAUAAAUUUUUUAUGAAUUUAGAUAAGCCAAAUAAUCUUAAUAUGAAUAGUGAAAAUUAUUAUGUAGAUAAUAAGUUAAUAAGAUGUAAUAAUAAGAAUGAUAUGAAUGAUAUAAAUGAUAUAAAUCGUAUAAAUAAUAGAAAUGAUAAAUAUAACAUAAAUGAUGAAGUCAAUUUAAAUUAUUUAUCAUGCAAUUCUUUAAUUAAUACGCAUAAUAAUUGUGUGAAUAAAUAUAAUAAUAAUAAUAAUUUUAAUGAGAAAAAGGAUAUUUUAAGAAAUAUAAAGGAACCUUUUUAUUAUUUUUUAAAGGAGAACAAAAUUAAAGAAGAUAAAAAUAUAAUAUCAAAAAGGUAUGUUGUUGAUAGCCUAUCACAUGUUAAUAGUUAUGUGCAUCCUUAUAAUUCUUCAUCAUUUUGUAAUUAUGAUAAUGUAGAGAAUAAGAAAACAAGAGGGAGAUCUUUAAGUUAUAUAAAUAAUAUCGGAAUGUAUGUACAUAACAAUUUUGAAAGUAAGGAGGACAAAAAUGAUACGACUACUGAGUACUUUUUAAAGAAAUCAAAUAUAACGAAUGAUCAUAUGAUCAAUAAUAAUAUUAAUAAAUAUAAUCAUGAUAAUAAUAGACAAUAUUUAUUUCGAAACAAUUUGCAAAAAAUUUUAUAUGCUAAAAAUAUAAGUAAUAGUGAAAAGAAUGAUAAAAAAAAAUAUAGCUCUAUAAUUUAUAUAAAAAAUCAAAAUACUCAGAAAAAUAACAAACAAUAUAACAACUCACCAGUUAUUGAUAUUAAAGAUAUAAAUAUGAAUGAAAGGCAAAAUGAUAUACUAAAAAUUAAUAAAAAGAAUAUAUGUAAAGUUAUGGAUAAUAAUAAUAUGACGAAAAAUAUUAUAUAUAAACAAAACCAAACAAACGAAAUAAAAAAUUGUAAUAUUAAUAGAUUAAUUCAUUUGACACAUAAUAAUGCAAAGUUAAAUAAUCCUUUCAAAAAAGUAGACGAAAAAAAAAAUUAUCAUGAGAAUGAUUAUACGAAUUAUAUAAAUAGUAAUUAUAAUGUGAAAUCUAAAUAUCGUUAUAAUAAUAAUAAUAGGAAAAUUAUUUUUAGUAAUAAUAUAAAAAAUGAUCACAUUGUUAUGAAUAAUAAAUAUUUUGUUGAUGCAACAAAAACUAAAGGGAAUACAUAUUUCGAAAUUAAUAAACUAUAUAGAGAUAACAGUAAGGAAUAUGAAAAUAAAAAGAUUAGAUCUAUUAGAGAGGACAAGACGACUCAUAAAAUGGAAGAACGUUAUUUAUUGAAUAAAAAUAAAAAUAAUUUUUCUAAGAAUAUGAUAAAUAAUUAUAUUGGUUUUUAUUCUAAGAAUGGUAAAAUAUGUACCAAUAAGGAAAAUAGAAAUUUUUUCGAUGGAACAUGUGAUAUGAAAUCUAAAAUUUAUAAGAAGAAUGAAGAUGAAUAUAAUAUUAAAAAAGAUAUUGGAAUAAUUAUUUCUGAUAAUAAUAAUAAUAAUAAUAAUAACAUUUGUGUUGAUAAAAAGUAUACAGAGAAUAGUAAGAGAUAUUAUGUGGGAAAUGAUGAACAUAAUUAUAUGAAAUAUUAUAAUGAUAAUAAUACAAUUAUUACAAAGAAGGAUCAUUAUAUUGUUAGUAAUGUGUUAGAUAAUAAUUCAAAGAAUAACGAAGGUAUAAACCAUGUAAAUAUAAAGACGGGAAUGUUAUCAAAUGAUCAUCAUUAUAAGAAUGAUUUAAAAAAACAAAGUAGCAUUCAAUAUGAUAAAGAGAAUAAUAAAUAUGUAUAUUAUAAAGACGACAAAAGUGUUAUAAAGAACAUUAUGAAUCAAAGUAAUAAAUUGGAUAGUGAAAAUAUAUAUUGUGAUAAUGAAAAUAUAUAUGUUGAUAAUGAAAAAGGAAAUAAAAACAUGCAACCUAUGGAAAAAAAAAUUAAUUUAUCGAAUGAUAUAGAAAAGGAUAUAAAAGAAUAUAUAAAUAAUAUGGAUGUGGAAAAAAACACAACUCAACAAAAUAACUAUAUAAAUUAUACAUCAAUUAAAUCUGAUGAUAUAUGUAUUUCAAAUAAUAAUAUAAAUAAUAAAAAUGUAAGGAAUGUUGAUUCUAUAAUAUUAGAAAAUAAACAAAUUUUCAAUUUAAAUAACAUGAAGGUGGAUCACAAAGUGAAUGAUAUAAUAAGUAUUCAAACGGAGGAAAAUAAUGAUAACAACAACAACAAUGAUAAUAAUAUUAAUAAUAUAAAUAAUAAUUAUUACAAUUAUUAUAAUUAUUAUAAUUAUGGUAAUCGAAUACAUGUCAAGAAUGAUGCAGAAAGAAAUAAAUUACUAUUAGUAAAACAUAAUGAUAAUAUAAAAAAGAAUAUAAAUUAUUUAUAUAACUCCAAAAAAGAAAAUUUUGAAAAUAAUAAAGAAAAAAAUGUUUCUUUAGUUAUUAAAAGUGAUCCUCUUUUUUUGAAAACUGUUAAAAAUGAUGAUAGAAAUAUAGAUUUUAUGAAGAAUAUAAAAAAGAAUGACAUCGAUAAUAAAUGUGUGGACAAAGAUAAUUUAAAUUAUAUAUAUUGUAAUAAAAAGAAAAAGAUAGGAACAUCACCAGUUGUUAUUAAUAAUAUUAGAUAUAAUUGUAACUUUAAGAAUGAUGAAGAGAAGAACGAAAAUAAUGGGGGUCAAACACAUUUUGAUAUAUUUUAUUUAAAUAAAUUAAGCAUGAAUGUUAAAGAAGAAAAAAAGAAAAGGAAAAAAGAAAAACGAAUAAAAACAAAAAAAACAAAAAAAAUGAAACAUACUAUCAAAUUAUUGAAAAAAAAAUAUAAGGAAGAUAAUUUACUAUUAAAUAAAAUUGUAAAAAAAAACAUGUAUGAAAAUCAUAUGGUAGAUGAAAUAUGUGAUAAUAAUAAAGAAAUUGAGAAAGGAGAAGAAAAAAAUAAUUAUCAUAUUGAGAAUAUGAAUGAAAAUAUAAAAUAUGAUGAGUAUAAAAGUAAUGUAUCUAAUAUUGAUAGUCUUGUUAUAAAAACAAUGUCGAAUACAGUAAUAAAAAAAACAUUGUGCGAUAACAAUCAAAAGACGGAUGAUGUUUUUUAUGUAAACCAAAUAAAUAGUCCAAAUGAAGUGUAUGAUAAGAUAGACAAUAAUAUGGAUAAAGAUAAAAAUUAUGGUAAUAAUGAUUUUAUGAGUAAUAAGAAAGAAAUAAUUUUCGAAAUGGACAAAGAAAAAAUAAAUGAUAUUAUAUUACCUGAUAAUAAUAAUAAUAAUAAUAAUAAUAGUAAUAAUAAUGAUGAUGGUGAUUUUUCUAACAGUUAUAAUAUUAAAGAUAUUCAUUGUAUUUAUGAUGAAAAAAAAAAAUUAAAUACAGAAAAUAAUUGGACAGGUAAUAGAACAAAGGAUGAUAAUUUAAAAUGCCAACAUUAUUAUAAUAAUAAAGAAGAAUAUUAUACACAAAUUAAUAAAGAAAAAGUAAAUAAGAAUAAAUAUAUCCAUAAUAAUAUUGAUAAUUCAUUUUUAACAACUAAUAAUAUCCCAAAGGUUAUUUCACUUCCAUGGAAUAAGGAUAAAGUAGUGAAAAUACAUUUAAAGAAUAAAUGUAAAGAAUCAAAUAAAGAAAGAAAAAAGGAUGUUAUAACAAUAAAUACUAAAUUAUCUAGAUAUGAAAGAGUUUUAAUACAUACAUGUAUAUAUAAAUUAAAUUGGAAGAAAUAUAUUGAUAACAUAAAUAAAGGUAUGUUUUAUUGGAUCGGUUAUAAUAUUAACGAUUUUGAUCAUUAUAAUUAUAUGAAAAAGAAAAAAGUUAUUAAUAGAAUACCAUCUAUGUAUAUGUAUACAAAAAAAAAGACAUUAACCUUUUUAUUAUCUCACUUGUCGUUAAUAUUUCCUUCCUUAUUUAAUUUUUAUCCAAAUACAUUUGUGUUACCAGAAAAUAAAAAUAUAAUAAAAUAUAUAUUGAAUAAUAAUAAUAAGGAAUAUUAUAUAAUGAAACCAGAUUGUGGUAGUAUGGGUAUAGGUGUAAAGAUUAUAAACAAAUAUAAUGAUAUCAAUAUUAAUAUAUUGAAUGGAUAUAAUAGUUAUAUAAUUCAAAAAUAUAUUGAUAACCCAUUAUUAAUGUAUAAAAAGAAAUUCGAUUUUAGAAUAUAUAUUUUAUUAUUACCAGGAAAAAAUUAUCCUAAAAUAUAUAUAUCUAAAGUUGGUUUUGCUCGUUUAUGUACAGAAGAAUAUAAAAAAAAGAAACGAUAUAUUUGUAAUACCUAUAUUCAUUUAACUAAUUAUAGUAUAAAUAAAGAUAAUGAUAAAUAUAUAAGGAAAAAGAAUAUACAUGACAAAAAUAAUAAUAAACAAUUAUUAAGUGAUGUUUUUAUUUAUUUAAAAAGAAAUGGAUAUGAUAUAGAUGAUAUAUGGACACAAAUUAAGAAAAUAACUUGUCUAACAUCUUUAGCUAUCUAUUCAUAUAUAAAAGAAAAAAUUAAAUAUAAUUUCCAUAAUAAUUUUUAUUUCUAUCAAUUAAUAGGUUUAGAUAUAUUAUUAGAUAAUAAUGGAAAAGCAUGGUUACUAGAAGUAAAUUCUAAUCCUUCUUUAAGGAUAGAUUAUAUUGAUCCUAAUUAUGCUCAAUUUGAAAUACAACUUGAAAGUAUGUUUGAUAGAUAUGUUAAAGAGCCUGUCAUAAGUGAAAUGUUUUUGAUAGUUUAUGAGAAAAUAUAUAAAAAAUAUAUAAAGAAAAAAAAUAAAAAGUCCAACAAUGUUAAUGUUCAAAAGGGUAAAUUUGAAAAAUCUAGGAAUAAAAAUGAUAUUUCUUAUUAUAAUAAAAAAAACAGGAUAUCAUCAAAGGGGCACUUAAAUAAUAUUACUAAUAAUAAUAUUAUUAAUAAAAAUAUUUGUAACUCUAAUGGUAGUGUUAGCGCUUUAUCAAAUUUUAGGAGUAAUAAAAAAAAUUCAAAAGUAAAGUUAUCUAAAAAAGGAAAACAACAUACAAAUAUAAUUAAUCAUUUUAAUGAAUUUUCACUUUAUUCAGAGGACAGAUAUUUUAUAGAAAAAAAAAAAACAAAAAAUGUUUCAAAUGGAUUUAAAAAUAUGGGUAGUAAAUUAAAUAUAAGAAAUAAUACAGAAUCAAAUAUAUCGAGUAUGUGUAAUGUAUCAAGUAGGAGUAAUAUAUCUAGUGUAACUAAUACAACCAAUAUAUCAUAUAUAUCUAAAAAUCAAAAUAGAGAAGCAAAUAUAUUUAAUUAUACAAAAAAAAAUUAUCCAUCUUCUGAUAGUGAAAAAAGUUCAACAUAUAAUUUAAAUAAAAACAUUUCCCCAAAUAAUUAUUUAAAUAAUAUUAGAAUGAAAAAUAUGCUAAAGAAAAAAAGUAAGGUAAAAAAAAAUUUCUUUCUCAAAAAAGAAUAUAUAAGUAAUGUUGAUACAUGUGUUGAUGAAAAUGAUAUUGGAAGUUUUACCUUGUCAAAUAAUUUAAAUAAGCGUGAACAAAUCAGUAAUGAUUCUUUAAAUGACAAGAAUGAAAUUAAUGCUAUUCAUAACUUAAAAGAAGCUAAUUCGAAUAAAUUAUCUAAUAAAAAUUUAAAUGACAUUAAAUAUGAAGACAAUAUACAAAAUGUGGUUCAUCCUAAUUUGGAUGAUGAUGUUAUAUUUGAUGAUAAUGAAAAAAAAAAAAAAAUUCAUAAAAUUCUUUAUGAUGAUAUUGUUUGUAGUAAAAAGAAUCUUGAUAUUAAUAAAUACAAUGAUAAAAAGAAAUAUAAUAAAGAUUUAAAUUUUGUAAAAAUAAAAAGAAAUGAUAUUAAUGAUGAUUAUUCAUAUGAAUAUAAAGAAAAUAUACAGAAGCAUCAUGAUAUAUUAGAUUGUUUUGAUCAUAAAAGUGAUAUAAUUUAUUCAGGAGAAGAAAAUAUGUUUGAUAAUUCUUCUGAUAUUGAAAAAGGUUCAAGUCAAAUAGAUAAAAAAAUUCUUAAUAUGCCAAGUAAUGAAUAUAAUAAUGAUAUAUAUAAUUAUAAUAAAGAAAAUGAUAUGAAUGAUGAAGAGGAAUUAUUCCAAUCGAAUAUUUUAAAUAAGGAAACAUAUGUCCAAAUAGAUAACCAUGAAGAUAUGCAAUUAGAAAAAUUUUUAACUAAUGACAUUGAAACUUAUAAAUCUCUAUAUAGAAAUAUUAGUGAUAAUAUUUUUAAAAAGAAAAUUGAAAAUUUAAUUAUGAUAAGAAGUAAUUUAUAUAAAUAUAUGAAUUGUUUAAAUGUACUUGGAAUUAGAUAUAUAAAUAAUAAUGAUAUAAAAAAUAUAGAUGAUUUAUAUAAUAAGAAUAUAUCAUUAGAUUUUAAAAGAUCUUAUACUAAAAUAAGGAAGGAUGUAUUACAUCCUUUAAAAAAGGAUGUAUUAGAAAAAAAUAUAUAUAUAAAUUUAAAAAAAGAAACAAAAAAAUAUUAUAGCGAAAUGAAUAUAUAUAACAAUUGUUAUAUAUUAUUUGAUUUUAUUUUAAAUAAAUAUGAUAACAAUUUAAAGAAAAAUAAGAAAAAGUUGGAAUAUUAUAUGGAUAAAAAUACAUUUUUAUGUAUGUGUACAGAUAUAAAAUUAAAUAAUAUAAUUGAUAAUGUCUAUAUACCUAAUAAUAGUACAUACAAUACAUGCUUUGAUAUAAAUAAAGGUUCAAACGAAAAUCAAAUAUUUCAAAUUGUCAAAGAUUUAUUAUAUAAUCAAUAUUUAGAUAGAAAUAAAAAAAAUAAAGUGGAUAAGGAGGACAGAAGUAGUUUUGAAAGUUCUGUGAAUAAAAAUAUGCAAUUAGAGAAUAGUAGUGAUAUAACAAAUGGAAGUAUAUAUGAUCAUAAAUUUUAUGGUGUAAAAAAUAUACAAGAGCCGAAAAAAACAAAGGAGCCAUUUAUUAAUAAUGCACAUAGUGAUAUAUCUUCAAGAAGUGGGAAAAUUGUAAGACCAAAUGAAAAAUGUAAUAGUUCGGAAAAAGUGUCAGAUAUAUUAACCACCCAAAUGAAUAUUCACAAGGAUGAUAAUAUUAAUAAUGAAAAUAUUAAUAAUGAAAAUAUUAAUAAUGAAAAUAUUUAUAAUGACAAUAUUAAUAAUGAUGGUAAUAGUUUUCUUACAAACAAUUAUAUGAAUUCUAACUGUGUUACAUUUUGCCCAUUCACAUUAAUUCCGAAUUGUAACAACGUUGUAAACUUUAAUACCAUUGGAUUAAGUAGCACUAAAUAUAAAAGUAAAAGGAAAAAAAAAAUGAAUAUAUACGAUUUAGAAUAUUUAUUUAAUAGACAAGUAUUUUUCAGUAAAUAUAUAAACAAAAAUCAAGGGUUAACACUUAUUGAUUUUUUUUUAUUAAUGCAGGCAAUAUCUUUAUUAAUAUUCCCAUAUAUUAGUCAUUUAUGUAUAUAUAAUACUAUAUAUCCUUAUAAGAAGGAUUUUUUUGAUAAAUUAAAUAAUCAAGAAAAUAAUAUUUUUUCUAAUAUAUAUAGUGAUGUGGGAAAUAUUAAAAAUGAUAGAAAAAAAAUAAAUAUUUGCAUGUAUAAUAAAAAAAUUCAGGAAGAAAAAAUUAUGAAUGAAUCGAAUUUAACAUCAGAGAAGAUAAAGAAAAAAAAAAAAAAAGGAGAUUUCAUAUGUGAAUAUGAUAUGUCUCUAAAUAAUAAAUUUCAUGUUCAUAAAAAUAUAAUUCAUAACAAAGAUGAUUUUUUAUGGCAUAAAAAUAUUUGUAGUAAUAUUUAUAAUUUAUAUGAAUAUAUUCAAAUGUGUAUUAAUCCGAAUGUAAAAAAUAUAUGUUUGGAGACUUUCUUAAUAUAUAUUUUUAAUAAAUAUGGUUUAUCAUGUAAUUUAUAA